AUCACAUUUACUACAAUAUUACGAUAAUUAUAUAAAGCAUUGGGUUUUAUGUUUAAAUUUCUUAUAAAAACUCUCUAUUGAAGUCAAAUCAACAAAAAAAUCUAGUAUUUUAAGGUGUGCGUCCAUUUCCUCGUCGGCAAACAUACAUAAAGUUAGGCAAACAUAGGGGUAAACGGCAAACAACACGUGACUCAGAGGAAAGAGAUCUCUCCGCAAAAGCAAUAACUUUGAUGAAGCACUUCAAACAACACAUCAGUGGCUCAGAGAUCAUCUCACAAGUAUCGGUUCACUGACACUCCGGGAGCGCAUAAAUGAACUCAUUGAGCCGUAAGGGACAGAUAGGAGGACAGCUCCAGACUAGUUCACGGCUGAGAAGACAGCGGAGCAAAGAGUGGAGAGAUUACAGUUCAUCGGAUAAUGAGUACGACCAUCACAUACAGUCAUAUAAGCCGUCGCCCAUCAUCGGCACCACUGGUCUUCACAACAUUGGCACUGGUGGUGGUGGCGGUGUUGUCGGUGGAGGUCAUUAUAGUUCGUCGGACAAUGAGGACGAGCCCGCGUCACGCAUACCGUCAUACAAACAGUCRCCCAUAAUUGCCAACACUAGUCUACAUAACGGGUCAGAUACUGGUGGCGGCCAUUAUAGUGCCGGUUCCGAUAGGGGUAUGUAUGGCUACCAGAAGCGACCGACGUAUGACUAUUCCUUACAACAUCAAUACGAAGAGCCGCGUAUUGAGCCGCGGGUCGACUCAUCGGUAUUGGUGUCCAAAUCGACUCGAGUGACGGUCAACAAUACCAAUACACUUAAGUCUAAUUCACACAUCUAUACGAAUCCAUUUCCCAAAGUUAGUGAACCACAAAACACAGCAUCUACUGGUACUACMGGUCCAAUGAUACCAUUGCCCAAUAACAUACAGCCCUCUCAGUUAAUGCAAUACAGCUGUUCGGGUAACGGUGCGCCACCGACACUGUGUCCGCCUCAACAGUCCGGCUCACGACACGGUCCUCAGGCAUUGAUAGCCUUUGCCAACGAAAGAUUCAAUUUAGACAAAACCUGUUCCCAUCGGUGCUCGUGGAGGUUCUCCACAAUCAUACUGACCAUUGCCUGCUUAGUACUAUUCGCUGUCGUCACAUACCUUAUGUGCGCAAUGAAUUCAUUAAUAAUCCCUCCCGAGAGCUCCAAAGUUCCCUGUAUUGUGAUGGAGGACAUGGAGUCGUCAGCAUCUAUAGGUGCAUCCAUUGCCGGCAGCGAGUCUAUCGGCACUACAAUAGUCACACCAUCACAACAGCCAAACCAAUGUCUAAAACUUAUACCACGGGAUCCGAUAGAGUUUACCGAAUUGAAGCUCGGUUUGGGUCCACUGACCAUCACAUUGGAUGCACACGAGUCAUACAGUUUGGUCUUUAAUCAACCGGACGCUGUGUUUUUGCGAUUCAUAUUUACAAUACCGACGACCGCCCGAUUGGCACUAUUGGGCCGCAAAAAUGAACCACCAUCUCUCACAGCAUACCAUAUGCUWGAGGUGAUCAGUCAAGACAAGUCWCAAAAGCUGUACAAACGCGAUGCACAGCCAUCAGCUGACGUGGAGCUGUUACAAUAUUUUGAGCCCGGUGCCUGGUAUCUAACCAUCAUCAACGAUAUUGACGAYACCGUCCCACUGGUAUUCACUGCYAAUAUAGCCAAGGAAGUGCCGACUACCUGUCCAAACAAUUGUCACAAUCACGGCAACUGUCAUCUCGGCAAAUGCCAGUGCUUUCCAGGCUAUAUUGGACACGACUGUGCCGACAAUGUGUGUCCAGUACUGUGCGGAGGUCACGGCCGAUAUCUUCAGGGCAGCUGUCGAUGUGAGACGGGAUGGAAGGGUCCCGAAUGUAACAUCCGGGCCACCGAUUGCGAGGUCAGCGAUUGCAACGGUCACGGAAAGUGUGUGUCCGGUGUUUGCCAUUGUUUGCCAGGAUUUCGGGGCGACAACUGCGACAUCGUGGACUGUUUGGAUCCAUUAUGUUCGGCUCACGGCGCCUGUAUCGAUGGCCAGUGCUGGUGCAAAGUUGGCUGGACUGGCGUCAAUUGUACCGAUGCUGACCAACGGUUGAGCCAAUUUUUUCCCAAUUGCUCGCAACACGGUGUUUACGAUUUGGACACUGGCAAGUGUGUCUGCUUUCCUCACUUUACUGGUAUUAACUGUGAUAUUGCUAAAUGUAAUCUCGAUUGCGGUGCUCAUGGAGUCUGUGAGGGCGGCCGUUGUGUUUGCGACAAUGGUUGGCACGGCUCCCGAUGCGAUGAGCAAACAUGCGAUCACCGGUGUCUGGAGCACGGCCAGUGCCAUAAUGGCACCUGUAUAUGCAUACAGGGCUGGAUGGGAAAACACUGUACAUUAGACGGCUGUCCCAAAGGAUGCUCAAGUCAUGGCCAGUGUGUACAACGCAAUGACGAAUGGAUGUGCCGUUGCAAAGAGGGUUGGGGCGGUCGAGACUGUUCGGCACCACAAGAGACCAACUGUGCCGACGAUAUUGACAACGAUAAUGAUGGUUUAUCUGAUUGUGCGGACAGCGAGUGCUGCAGUACUGAUCACUGUCAUCAGUCGCUAAUGUGUAUCUCAAGUCCAGACCCGUUGGACAUACUGUUACGCAAACAGCCGCCCGCAGUGACGGCCAGUUUUUAUCAAAAAAUGAAAUUUUUGAUUGAAGAGUCCAGUGUUCAAAGUUAUGCCCAUAAAGAUGAAUAUUUUGAAAGUCUAUUUUGGAGUGCCUUCAAACCAGGUCGUGUAUCAGUAAUACGAGGACAAGUCAUUAGCCGAGAAGGCAAUGGUCUUAUUGGGAUUCGUGUUAGUGUUGCCACUGAUCCACAAUUUGGGUUUACUCUCACGCGAGGAGACGGAUGGUUUGACAUACUAGUCAACGGUGGCGGUGCUAUUGUCCUACAGUUCCAGCGAAAUCCUUUUCAUCCCAUUAAGAGGACAAUACUGGUGCCAUGGAAUGACAUUAUUGUAAUGUUGAAUCCGGUUGUCAUGUCAUCGGCGCCGACAGAUGACAAGGAUAGCCAGCAUACAGAUCCUCUUAAUACAGGUAUUGGUAUUAUGAUCAGUGAUCGCAAACGUAAUCAAAGUCUAUGGCACUGUCGCGACCACGACUACGAUGUGAUGAAACCGUUACUUCACGAAACACUGCGUCCGGGAGCUCAGGGAGGAUGCACUGAGAAAAGUGCUGUUAUUGCUGAAACUCAGGUUCUUCAAGAAAGUCUGGCCAUACCGGGCUCGCACCUACACCUGGUCUAUCAUAGCAGCUAUAGUCAAGGCUAUCUAUCGACCAUCAAUGUACAGUUGACACCGUCGACAAUACCAAAAACUUUACGAUUGGUUUACUUACGUAUCAUUAUUGAGGGCAUACUAUUUGAGAAGACCUUUGAGGCCGAUCCAGACAUCAAAUACACCUAUUCCUGGAAUAAGAGGAAUAUCUAUAAACAAAAAGUUUAUGGCAUUACUACUGCCAAAGUGUUUGUUGGCUAUGUCUACAAAGAUUGUAAGCAAACUAUAUGGACAGCCCUAUCGACUACACUUCGUGGCUAUGAUAUGGAUAUAUCGGAGUUGGGCUCAUGGAAUCUGGAUAUACAUCACAGAUACAACUUUCAUGAGGGGGUCCUCCAGAAAGGCGACGGAACCACCGUUUUCUUUAAGCAACAGCCAAGAGUUAUAUCAGUAUUAAUGGGCAACGGUUUGCCCCGUAAUAUCAUUUGCGGCAAAGAGUGCAAUGGUUUGGCACGAGAUAAUCGACUAAUGGCACCGAUAGCAUUGGCCAGUGGUCCCGAUGGCAGUGUCUAUGUGGGUGACGCUAAUCUCAUUAGACGGAUAACCGCUGACAAACAAGUCUACACUGUCUAUAAACACAAAUCUCUUCGACCCUCAUAUCAGUACCACAUAAUGUUGAGUCCAAUCGACGGUCAUCUCUAUAUAUCUGAUCCGGAAAAGCAUCAGAUUUUGCGACUUCAUUCGUUAGAUAAGGUGGACGAUCCUGAAAACAAUUUGGAUGUAGUGGUAGGAAACGGUGAUCGAUGUUUUCCGCACGACCCGCUCAAGUGUGGUGACGGCAAACCAGCGCCUGAGGCUCGGCUUAUCUAUCCCAAGGGUAUGGCUUUUGGUACAGACGGUGCACUCUAUUUUGCCGACGGAAACAGUAUACGUAUGGUUGACAAUCAGGGUAUCAUUCAUACGAUUAUCGGUGAUCGCAAUCAUCAGAAACAAUGGAAACCUAUUCCAUGCAAAGGAACUCUUGCUGUAAAUGAGAUCAAACUUCAUUGGCCAACACAUGUUGCCAUUAAUCCAUUGGAAGGAACUUUAUAUUUUAUUGACGACCAUAUGGUUAUGAAGUUGACACCCGACCGUCGAGUUAUGAUAGUGGCCGGAAUGCCUGCCUAUUGUAAAAUACCUGACUUUAGCAAUCAAACCAAUAGCCGAAUAACAGAUGAAAUUGGAUUUUUCGCUAACUUUGCUUUUGGACCGACAGGUAUUUUAUAUAUUACGGAAGUGUCCGGCGAUGGUGUCAAUAGAGUACGUGCUCUUACACACGAUACAGAGCUCAUACACUUUGCCGGCAAAAAAGCCAACACAAGACACUCGUGUCCGGUAGAAAUGUGUCGCGAUGUCGGCGCUCACAACUGUACCUGUGCUCUGCCAACAUUGUCGUCAAUAACACAACCGCCCAAUGAGUUUGAGGAAAAGACUGUACUAUUGGCGCGCGACACACGACUCGUGUCUAUCACUGCCUUAACACUGACCAGCAAUGGUGUCCUCCAUAUGGCCGACGCCGGUAAUCUACGAAUUCUGUCAGCCGUGCCUUAUAUCCCGCAACCGGACGAACAGUUUGAGUUUCAGAUUGCGUUUCCCGACGGCCAGGAAAUGUAUAUAUUUAAUAAGUACGGUCAGCACACUGUGACCAAAAGUAUAAUCACUGGCCGCACUCUUUAUACAUUUUUAUAUAACGUGAACACGAGCUUCGGUAAACUCAGUGCCGUAACCGAUGCCUCCGGCAAUAAAGUGUCGUUUCUAAGAGACUCAGUCAAUAGUCUACACACUAUUGAGACAACCAGAGGCCAAAAGUGUCGGGUGUUGACAAACAAACAGGGCUUCUUAGAGCAGUUCAUCAGUCCCGACAAUAUGACCACAAAGUUUACUUAUGAUCCGUCGGGACUUAUGGUUUCGAGAUCGGACUCAGCCGGUCAUUCAUUCUUCUAUUUUUACGACCACAGCGGACGACUAGUGCGAUACGUUCGACCGACAGGACUGUCCACUGAAUUGAAAUUUGAUUUCAAUCAAAACGGAGCACUCGUUAAGACAGUUGACUUGUCGGCGUCGGAAUCGCCGAUACAAACUCAUACUACUAUUGUGAAAGUUAGGGGCGAGUCGUUCAACAUUUACGAGAACGGCAUUGAGUUGAAGACUUUUAUCCAUUUGGACGGUUCGGUCGAAGUGGAGAGUCCGUGGAAAGAGACCAUCUAUUGGGAGGCACAGCCACACAAAGUGUUGCUAUCGUAUCUUCCAGUCCAGGCCGGUAUGUUUCCUGUCCUUAUGAGACAAACACUCAUGACUGAGAGUAAUCAGAAACCAUGGAUUGGUUGGGAUUAUGAUGUGAAGUACAAUCGUAGGUCUGAAAAGGAUAAGAAUAUAGCGGCUGUCGAAAGGAUUCUUGUUAUCAACGAAACGCAAUUCUUGUCCGUCGAGUACGACUGGAUUGCAAACCGAGAGAUACUGUAUAACAACUCUCGUCGGCCGUUCCUCUUUGUCCAAUACGACGACUCUUCCCGUCCCGUCCAGUGGUUACCUAAAGAAAGUCGUUUGCCGUUGAAUAUGAUGUACGACCGAUUCGGUCGACUGUCCGGUUGGCAAGAGGGCCAACACUCAGAGACAUACAGUUAUGAUCGUAUGGGACAUCUGUCGGAGAUUCGGUUUUCCGACGCAACGAGUGUGAAGAACAGCUAUGAAGAUGGAAGAAUGUCGCCGACAAAGGUUGUCCUGCGAAGUGGUCGCAAAUAUCUUUAUACUUAUGACGGAAACGGUGGUCUUCGGACAAUAACAACACCCAAAGGCAGUAGACAUGCGUUUCUUUUGGAGAUAUCGUUGGGUUUCUAUAAGUUGGUGUAUACGACACCAAAUAAUAUUAAUUAUGUGAUAUAUUUAGACGCCGAGCACCGGCCUAUUAUGAAAACCUAUCCGAACGAUUCGGGAAAACUGCUUUACGUAUACAACAAUAGGUCGCAACUCCGCGAGAUUGUCUACGGCGCCGGAAAAGUUGAACGAUUCUACCAUAAAGUGACCGGACUAUUAAUAAGAGAGCUCUGGACCUAUGAUGACCAGCAAAUGGCUCUCAUCUAUGAACAUACCGGUGCUCUGCUUUCCAAACAGAUGCACCAAUUUGUUAGCUCAUACUUGUUGUCAAACUUAGUGUUUAGCUAUCAAUACGACUCGUUUGGACGCUUGAAACUAUUGUCCACACGAGUCGGUUCCGUAAGUCUUCCACACAUUGAUUAUGCCUAUCAUCCGCGCACCGGCCGUCUGGAGGCGAUCGGCAACUUUCGUAUACACGACAAGUCCCAGAACGAGACUUUCUUGACAGACGGCACGGCCACCUAUUCUAAGGCUUUCGACGCUUCACACUAUUUGUUGCAGUCAUCGCUGGUCAUUGCCGACAAAGAAGUGUUUCGUAUGGAUCUGUCGUAUAAUUCAAACGGUGCGCUGAUCCAGUCAAAGACAUUUAUGCGACAUUUGGGUGCCAGUAAAGUGCGCGUUCAAAACUAUACCUACGAUUACGACCAGCAGCUGACCGAAGUGACCGGUCGGGACCACUGGAAGUUCCAGUACGACGACAACUCCAAUCUGGCGACAAUGCAAUACAUGGGUAAUCGCAUUGACAUUCUCUACGACGCCGGCGACCGAAUUACCAGUUUUGGUGAAACGCCGUAUAUAAUGGACGCCAAAGGGUUUGUCAUACAAAGAGGUGAAGAAAAGUUUACGUUCAAUACGUUGGGACAACUGAUGAGAGCUAACCGGCCGUCGCGUUAUGACGUGAAAUAUAUGUAUGAUCCGCGCGGACGGCUUACUGUCCGCAAAGACAGCUAUGGAAAUGUGACUCAAUAUUUUUACGGCGAUAUUACGCGACCUAAUCUGGUUACGCAUACGUUUAACAACGCUGACGCUCGUGUGACCACAAUUAUAUACGAUGCCGAAAAUGUGCCGGUUAUGACACAGGUAAAUCACGAAGUGUUUUAUAUCGCAUGCGACCAAAUACAAAGUCCAUUGUUAGUACUCGACCAUAGAGGGGAAGUGGUCAAAGAGGUACACCGCGGCCCGUAUGGACACGUCCUGUUCGACUCGAAUCCAGCCUUUUAUUUGGCGGUUGAUUUUCAGGGCGGUAUUCCCGACCCGUUGACAGGCCUUAUUCAUUUCAGUGAUAACCGAGUGUACGACUCGCUUGUGGGCCAAUGGUUGUCACCCGAUUGGGAUCAGCUCCUAUCGACUCCCAAUAAACCGCAAUCAUUGCACGCAUACCGGUUCAACCGUAACGAUCCCAUCAAUGCACCGACGGAUGAACGCUGGAAUAUGUUGGACCUAAACAAAUGGAUCCAAAAUCAGGGCAUCGAGUUAUCGGCCUUUGACAUCGGUUUGCAGAGUAUUUUCAGCAGAGAUCGACACACCAGCGACCAACUGUCCUCUGCCUUAAAGUCAAUACCAAAAGUAACUGUUCCCGCGUUGCCUAUUGUAUCGGGUUUUGCCUGUGGAUUGCAAAGAAUACUCAAUAACUUCGGAAUGAUCUCCAGUCUCGACAAAUCAAAAGUCAAAUCUGAGGAUCUUUUUGAGUCAAUACAAACCAAUAAGAUUUCCAGUGAGAGCGUGCCUUUUGGUCACGGCAUCAGUAUAUCGCGUGUUAGCGGACACGCAGUCGUGCACUCGACCUCCGACGCCGACCCGAUUCGCAAAGACGUGUUCACACAGAUAUUGAACAACUCAUACCUACUGAACGUCCAUUUUGUGAUCCACGGCAACGAUGUCUUCUAUUUUGUGAAAAACAAUACGUGGAGAGUGGCCGACGAUCUGACUCAACUGCAAAGACUCAGUAAUCAUGUGAACCAAACGGUACACGAAAGCAAAACCGAAGACCAGAAGGGAUCGGGACAUCAGGUGGACGUUAGAAUACAUAUACAGAACUAUAUACUGAACAUACGAUACGGUACGACACCGGAUCGGGAGAGGCAUCGAGUGCUGAGACAUGCAAAGAAACACGCAAUUGGCCAGCGAUGGGCUCAGGAAAGGGAACUGUUGGCCAACAAUCGCGACAGUAGUACAGUAUCGAAAUGGUCUGAAGCCGAAAAGGAACUCCUAUUAACCACCGGUUUGGUGCCGGGAGUUAAAGGCGACUACAAUCACGACCCCAGUGUCUAUCCAGAGCUGGCCGACGAUCCGUCAAAUAUUGUGUUUCACAAACCAAACAAAUUAAAGCCAAUACCUAAUGAGUCUUAA